AUGGCAGACGCCGGCGUGGGAUCACGGAGGGCAUGCGAAGCGCUCAUCGAAGCCGGAGAGGUGACUGUCAACGGGCAGAUCGUGACUGAUCUCCCUGUCUGGGUUGAUCCUGAAGAAGAUCGGAUCGUUGUCCAGAGCAAAGUGCUCCCCAAACCUGAGCGUUUGGUCUAUGUGAUGCUCAACAAACCACCCAGAACUCUGAGCGCCGCGAAAGAUGAGCCGGGAUAUGACCGGAGAACAGUCACUGAGCUCGUCGAUCAUCCCGCCGCACCAAGACUCUUCCCGGUCGGACGAUUGGACUAUGAAACGGUGGGUCUGAUCCUGCUCACCAACGACGGCGAGCUCGCGAAUCGGCUCACCCAUCCACGCUACGGCGUUCCAAAGACCUAUCGAGUCAGCGUCAAAGGCAAGCUCGAUCAAGACGCGAUCCAUGAACUCGAACGUGGGAUCUUCCUCGCACAGCGCAAAGAAGGUCAAACACACGGCGCCAAGCGCACCGCACAUGUGGAGAUCCAGCUCAUCGCACAGGAUCGAGAUUCGACUGUGAUGGAACUCACUUUACGCGAAGGCCGCAAUCGUCAGGUACGCCGCAUGCUCGCGGCAGUGGGGUAUCCGGUCCGUAAGCUGGAACGCAUUGGGAUGGGACCAGUCAAGCUCAAGGGGGUCGCUCGUGGCGCAUGGCGUGAGUUGACGCGCGAUGAGAUCAAAGCGCUCCGCAAAUCUGCAGCGAUCAAAGUUGAGCCGGAGUGGAAACGAUUGGUGUCUGUGGGACGAUUGGGAAUCGGCGGGCUCUAUCGCUCUCAGAUCCCACGCAUGGCGGCGGCGAUGUCGUAUCGCACGAUCUUCUCGAUCAUUCCCGUCAUGGCGAUCGGCCUGCUCAUCUUUGGUUCAUUUGUUUCAGAGGACGAAGUUGAUGCCGGUGUGCGCCGCGUGCUCGAUUAUGCUGGGAUCUCUCAGAUCUCCGCGGCACCGAUCGAGGAGACUCCUUCAGAUGGAGUCGAGUCUGAUCCUGUGCCAAAUCCACAGGACAUUCAGCCGACGACACCUGAAAGCUCUGGGGAUACCGCUGCGAACAUCGAGGAGCUCAUAUCAAACCUCAUCAAUCGAGUGAACACUUCGAUCCGAAAUGUCCCGACAGGCUGGAUCGCGCUCGCAUCGUUGAUCGUGCUGAUUUAUGCCGCGAUGUCGAUGCUGAUCGAGAUCGAGAAAUCAUUCAACCAGCUUUGUGAUGCGCCAUCGGGACGACCUUGGUUGCGCCGUCUGAUGCUCUACUGGACGAUGCUUACCCUCGGCACACUCUUGCUCGCGGCGACCUUCAUCGUCGGUGAUUCACUCGCGCGAUGGAUCAUCUCCGUAUCAGGUGAAGGCGGGACAAUCGGAGCGACCUUCGCAAGCUUUGGGGUCUCGGUACUGAUAUCGACAGUACUGAUGCUCGUCGCGUUUCUCACGAUCCCGAACACCAAGAUCAAGAUCCGUCCGGCGCUCGCUGGAGCGUUCAUGGCUGCGAUCCUCUGGGAACUCGGGAAAGCCGCGUUCACGAUGUACCUCCGCAACGCGACUGGAUACACCAAGUUCUACGGCUCGCUCGCGAUCCUCCCCCUCUUCCUGCUCUGGGUCUAUGUCACCUGGGUCAUCGUGCUGCUUGGUAUGCAAGCAACGCACGCGCUCCAGCAUUUCACACGAUUGGUCAACAAGGGACUCGCAACUCUCAGCGGCGAGAGUGACAGUUCGAUCCCUGUAUUGCUCGAUCCGCUCAUCCUCAUCGGAGUGGGUGGGGUCAUUGGGAAUCGUUUCGUCGAUGGACACACCACAACUGCGGAUCAACUCGCAACGGAUAUGGACAUUGAGCCGGCGCUCGCUGCGACGCUGCUCAACGCACUCCAUAAAUCUGACCUGCUGAACCUGAUCUCACAAGGUGAGGAUGCUGACGCGGCGUACACGCUCGCUCGACCAGCUGAGCAGAUUCACCUGACCGAGCUACUGGAUGCCGGGGAACAUCUCGAUCGUUUGCGUGAUCAAUCACGAGCGAAGAUUCCCGGAUCGAUCUUGGGCGCCCACACAAUGGGUCUUUCUCCAGCGUUUGAAGGGAAAGAAACGGGGUUUGUGCCUAGAAUCAAGGUUCCUAUGCAAAGAGUACAAAUGUCCGAGUUCAGUGUGUAUCUUCAGCAGCGCCCCGGCGAACUCGCGGGCGUUCUCGACGCCGCGAAAUCAGCGGGAGUCGAGAUCACAUCGAUCUCCACAACCGAAUAUCAGGACCGCGGGUGCGUGCGUUUGCUCGGCACACCUGAGCAGUCAUUACGCCAGAUGUGUGAGUCGCUUGUUGACGCAGGGAUUGGUCCAAUCGUCGAAGCUCCAGUCAUUGGAGUCAGCGUCGAGAACCGUCCAGGCAUGAUCCGCGACCUCUCAGUCCUCAUGGCCGACAAUCGGAUCAAUAUCCGCUAUUGCUACCUGAUCCCAGGCGCUGAGGGGAUCGAUGGUCCUGUCUGUGUGUUCCGCUUUGAUGAGCAUGAUCGAGCGAUGGAUCUGAUCGACAGCGCCGAUUGGCCGGCAGCUGAGUUGCACAUGGAUUCUGACGAUUCCGCCGGUGAAUCUGCGGCGUAA